AUGGCAGCUGCAUCAUCCUACUGUCCAAGGAGUGACAAUCUAAGUGAAAUCGACAUUGAUCCUUGGUUAAGAGGACUGGCUUCCGAGAAAGGUUGUGAUAGAAUCCCAGAGCUUUUGGAAUCAUAUGAAAGUUUUAGCGGACAGAAGAUUAAUCUAUUUAAGUCAGCCAUUUUCUUUAGUAACAAUACUCCAGAUGCUACUCGGAAACUCCUGGCAACAAGGAUGAACAUUACUCAUAUUGGAGCACAAGACAAGUACUUGGAGCUCCCUUCAGUAAUCAAUAGAUCAAAACGAGCCACCUUUAGUGCCAUUAAAGACAGGGUAUUCAAGAAGGUGCAAGGCUGGAAAAAAAGUUUACUGUCAAGUGGAGGCCGUCAGAUUUUGAUUCGGGCAGUAGGGGAAGCAGUACCCAUCUAUACCUUAUCUUGUUUUAGGCUCCCAGAUACUUUGCUGAAGGACAUUCAUAGUAUCUUGACUCAAUUUUAG